AUGAAUUCAUCAAUUUUUAUCAAUUUACUCACUUUCUUCAUGGGUUAUCUGUUAAUGAACACGGUACAAGCAGAUACGAUUAACUUUCCUAAAAUUGUGCCAAGUAAUCUUAGUGCAUCUCGCUUUGGAUAUGAUCUAAAAAUCACGUUUUCAUCGAAAUUUCAACAUUAUCAACUACAAGACCAAAAUUACAUAUUAUGUACAUCAAUACCUGCAUCACAUGUUGCUCCUAUAAUAGCAAUAUGUCAAGAACUUGUAGAUCGUGGUCAUAAUGUUGUAUUAGUUCUUGAAGAAAAAGAAUUUAAUAAAAUCAAAGAUUUUUGGACUGGUGGUCAUUUGGUAGUUCCUGAUUCGAUAGAUCGUGAUACUCUAACAGAAAUACAAUUAGUUCUAUCAUCUGCUCCAUUUUAUGAAUUGUUAAAAACGGUUUUUGAUUUGUUAUCUGUUUUUUCAUGGACAAUCUUAGAAACAUAUCCAAUUCUAAUGAAAAAGCCACCCAUAUUCAUUAUAUGUGAUAUUUUCACAUCAGCUGGCUUUAUUUUAGCUGAGAAAUUUAAUAUUCCAGCAGUGGCAACAUGGAGUGGCCAAUCAAUGACAUCAGUCAAUGAUUAUAUAUCUCCAAUGUGGUAUCCACCAGCUAAUUCAAUGUCAACAGCUAAUGUUCUGGCAAUGACAUAUUUUGAAAUGGUCAAAAAUGUUUUUAGUCGGUUAUUAUCGGACGUUGUAUCAUGUUUUAUUGGAUUAGAAUCGAUUAAUAUGCAACGUCGUCAUUUUGGUGUUCGUGAAUUAGAACAUCCUAUUGAUAUUUCACAACAAUAUCCGUUAUUUCUUUCAUCACCAAUUGGUUUAGAUUUUGCACAUCCAAUUUUACCAUCUCAUUUUCCAAUUGGUCCAUAUUUUCGAGCAAAUUUUGAUAAAAAGAAUCUACCAAACGACCUCCAAUUAUGGUUAGAUCAAGCAACAAAUGUUAUUUACAUUAGUUUUGGAACGGCUACACCUCCUAAUUUCGAACAAAUUCAAACUAUACAUAGAGCAUUGGAAAAACAAAAUAAAUCAUUAAGAUAUUUAUGGUCUUUAGAUAAACCAUACCAACAUUUGUUAGAAAAGGCAAAUAUAAGUCAAUUAUUAAAUGUUCGUUAUGCAUCUUAUUUACCGCAAAUUGAAAUAUUAAAGCAUCCGAACGUUAUUUUAUUUCUUUCUCAUGGAGGUUUCAAUAGCAUUGCAGAAUCGUUAAUAUUCAAUAAACCAAUGUUAAUUAUACCAUUAACAUCAUACAUGGAUCAUGCGGAUAAUGGUUUACGCGUACAAAAAGCUGGAGGUGGAUUAAUGCAUUUUGGAUGGCAUAUGAAUUUAACAUUAUUACAAGAACAAAUAUCACUAUUAUUAGAAAAUAUUACUGUUAACAUCGCUGAUAAUAAUGUAACAUAUUUAAAUCCAAAUGAUUUUAAAAGAUUAAAUCAUUUUUAUGCAGAUGCACAUCGAAUUGCAAGAUUAUUUCGUUCUGCUGGUGGUACGACUCGAGCAGCGACUAUUAUUGAAGAAUUUUUAGAAUUUGGAUAUCAACAUUUAAUAUUUAAUCAACCAAGUUACAAACAAUCAGUUAUUCUAUAUACUCUUGUUCUCUUGACUAUUAUCGUCAUUGUUGCUCCAUUACUAUUGUUACCGUAUUGCUGCUGUCGUAUGUGUUGUCAUAAAUUGAAAUCGAAAUUAAUUAAGCAAAAAGCAAAAGUCAAUUGA